AUGCCGUUCAAGAGGUCGAGAGGAGCUUUCAAGAUAACCAGCCCUCUUCCUCUUGACACAGAGCAACCUAAUGCAGGCCAGAAAGAGGCUUCAAAUCCUGAUGCGAGUGAGUUUUUGUCAUCUGAGGCAAGAGCCAAGCGUCCAUGGCCCUUUGGUGAUCCUCAAGGGUCAGUGAAACAGCCCAUGCACUCCCGUCCACAGCCACGGUCGGAUCACAACUGCAACACCAGUCACCGGGCAGUUUCAAAUAACCAAUCUGAAGAUACAUUGGUCUUGUCAAAGCAUGUCCCGCAUCUGACAACUAUGGACUGCCUGCCAUCUCAGCCCACACUCAGCAGUCCGGUACACAACUCUGACCUUAUGCAAUCCACUAUAGUGACCGGUGACAACAUGUGGACUCUUGCGCAUACCAGUGAUCCGAGUCAUCAGGGCAAACAUACAAAUGACUUGGAUUUUGGUUCAACAUGUUGGCCGGAGUAUGCAUCGUCGCAUACAUUAUCAACACAUACCUUGGACCACGGGUUCAGCGCGUCUGCACCGCGACCCGACGACGAAUACGGGUGUAACGAAAUUCUCGAAAAGGAUUUGUUGCACAUGGUUGAUAUGCUGGAUUCCCAAAACCAUGGCCAAAUGGUACCUUCCAGUGUUUUAGAAGCUUGGGAUCACGACUCAAGGUCUGCUGAGGAUUAUGACCCCAAUCUCCAACACUCGCCACAACCAGCUUCAGAGGCCAAAUGUUCACAGCAAGCAGCAGAGACAUCCACUCCACUUCAGGAGACAGAGGAUCUUUUGGACGAAGACGUCGACUGGGAUGCUGUCUACAGCAUGACCAAAGACAUGGUGAAAGAUCCAAGUCUAGUGAUCUCUGGCAAAAAGUGCCCCUCCAAGUUGCCCGUGGAUCAUACACUGCGCUCUGUCAAACCCUUGGGUGACCUGCAGGUGGAAAAUUCUGCUUCGAUUCCAUUUGCACGAUCUCUGUUUCCUCAGCGAGUUGGUAAUGAGUCUGUUAUACCAACCGCUUCUGGGAAAACAUUCCUCAGAACGUUUUUCCGUAUCGAUCAGCUCAUCAGGGCAGCUGGCGAGAAUGCUGUAUUUGAGUUCUAUGCCAGAGUCAUGUACUCUGCCCGCGAAACCAUGGCGCAAAGACAACACUUUCAGUUUGCGGACAUUCUCAAGGAUCAGCAUCCCUACCCUUCAGGCACGCUGACAGGCUGGCGUACUGGUAGUAGUCUGGAUCGGCAAAGUUAUGUCUUCAUCAGCUCCCGAGAAAUCAAGCUGUGCCGUUGCAUAGGAACAAUGAGGAGAGACCAAAAGACAUCAUGUGGCUGGGCUAUCGAGAUCAUGAGAAUUCAUGAAGUUUCUUGGGAAGAGAUUCACAUUGCCGAGUCAACCAUCUGCGGAACGAGUGGGCAAGCUGAGAAUGGCAAGCCAAAUGGCGCAGAAAAUCUAUGA